AGAAAACAAAAACGCAAACAACGAGCAAUCUCGGGCUCAUUCCGUAAAUCGUAAAACCCCAAAAGUGCAAUCGCUAAGCAUAUUGUUAAGCAGGAAAGCAAAAAAGGAAAGUGUGCAUUUUGAAAAUGGCUACCAGGAAAAAGGCGCUUCUGAAGGUAAUCGUGCUCGGUGAUAGCAGCGUCGGAAAGACGUCUCUGAUGAAUCAGUACGUGAACAAGCGUUUCUCGAACCAGUACAAGGCCACGAUCGGGGCCGAUUUCCUCACGAAGGAAGUGGUGAUCGAUGAGCGAGUUGUAACGAUGCAGAUCUGGGAUACGGCUGGUCAGGAGCGGUUCCAAUCGCUCGGUGUUGCGUUCUACCGUGGAGCGGAUUGUUGCGUGCUGGUGUACGAUACGACCGCACCAAACACAUUCAAAAAUCUCGAAUCCUGGAGAGAUGAGUUCUUAAUUCAAGCUAGCCCCCGUGAUCCGGACCAUUUUCCGUUCGUUGUGCUGGGAAAUAAAAUUGAUUUGGAAAAUCGAGCAGUAUCGACGAAACGUGCUCAGCAGUGGUGCCAGACGAAGAACGAUAUACCAUAUUUUGAAACAUCCGCCAAGGAGGGUAUUAACGUUGAUCUAGCUUUCCAAACCAUUGCCAAAAAUGCAAUAGCCCAAGAAACAGAGGCUGAUCUUUACAACGAUUUCCCCGACCAGAUCAAGCUGAACACACGCGACAGCCGGCCACGAAGCGGAGACAACUGUUCGUGCUAAUAUUAUCGAGUUAGUAAAAUUGACCGCCCUCCUUCUGACCCCCACAUAACAACAGCAGCAGCAACCACCACACACGAGAUAAUUCGGGGCACAUUCGGUGGCACCCUCAACAAUAGUAGCAACAGCAGCAGCUUUAGCAGAAGUAGCAGCUGUAACAGCAGCAGUAACAGUGAAAGCAGUGAAAGCGAUAUCAGCAGCAGCAUCAAUAGCAAUAGUAACGACCAGGGCGGUUGUACUACUACCGCAACGGACGAUACCAUCCUUCGCAGAUGAAACUGAAGGUGGAUGGCUUAAAAGCAACAGUUUAGCAAUCGGGUCGAACAAGGGGAGCCAAUAUUCAGCAAAGCAUAUACAUCCGGUUCAAUGUUCCCGGUGUGUUUAAAGUUUUUUAUUCUGUUUCUCUCUUUGUACCGCUGCCACCGUAUUUGAUUGAUCGCUAGAAAAGUUGCGUGAAUGGAUCACUUGCGAUACAGCCUGUCAGCAAAGCAGUAGCAAAGAGAGCAGAAUUUACACACAUACUGCGUAGAGUGGACAUUUCAAAUAAGAGGCUGCAAUUUGCAAUAUACGGAUCGAUAUUUGUUUCUGUUUCUUUUAACCGUACUAUUCAACAACAACAAAAACAUGUUAUUCUAAAGGGGAAGUUCUGCCACAGCAAAAGCUCUUAUGGUGGUUAGUAGCUGAACAGCCAGCGGCGGGAGCGAACUUCUGUUGAGCCUUUCUGGAAGGAGCCACACAUGGUUAGAAGCGAACAAACACACGCAGUAAUGGUAUCUUCCAAAUUUAACUCCCGCGAGAUGCUAGUGCUCGAAAUAGAUGCGAAAAACAGAUGAAGUCAGUCUAACGCAUCUCAACAAUGGAUAGGAUUAGCUUCGCUUUCUUAGACACACGCACCACGCUGGUAAUGGAGCGAUCAGAUCAAAUAGAUACGUCGCUUUGCAAUGAGUGUUUCGUGUGAGUGUGCGUGUUGGUGUUUAGGCAUGUUGUGUACAUUUUCCUAAAAAUAUUAAAUGAUAGUUUCGUUUUGACUCUA